CGACUCGAGAUGUUAGAAGGUGCUAAAUCAAUAGGUGCCGGAGCUGCUACAAUUGCUUUAGCCGGAGCUGCUGUUGGUAUUGGAAACGUCCUCGGUUCUUUGAUUCAUUCCGUGGCGCGAAAUCCAUCAUUGGCUAAACAAUCAUUUGGUUAUGCCAUUUUGGGCUUUGCUGUCACCGAAGCUAUUGCAUUGUUUGCCCCAAUGAUGGCCUUUCUGAUCUCAUUCGUUUUCCAAUCGCAUAAAAAGUCAUGAGAUCAAAAAAGAAAUGUGAGAAUGUAGUUACAGAUGUAAAAAAAGUCAAUAUCUCGUUCUCUUGGUCGAUGAUGGCCUUUUUAUUGAUUUUUACGAUUGGAUCUCUCUAUGAAUGGAAAAGGGGUGCUUCGGAUCGGGAGUAACCACUUUUGAAAGGGCAGAGGGGGGAAAAAGUAAAGUCUAAGCGACAUAUGGCACGAAAAGGAAAUCCAAUUUCGGUAA